AGCAGCUGCAGAGCAAUGAAUGUGACGCCCUGGGAAGGGGAGGGGAGCCGAGCCUGGGGUCGGAAGCAGGCGGGAAGGGCAGCACCGGCACACCCCGGCCGCGGACCCAAGACUCCGGCCGGGCUCAGGCCGCGGAUCGCGCAGGCGGCGGCGGGCAGCGUGGAGGCGAGCGCUGGGGGAGGCGGCCGGUGCUCCCCACCCUCAGGAGCCGCCUCCCCACCACUGGCCGCCGCCAUGUCGGGCGCGCUGGGCCGCGCCGCGCCGCCGCGGCCGCCGCCGCUGCUGCUGCUGCUGCUGGGGCUGCCCGGGCUCCUGCCGGGGGGCGACGGGCGGCCCCGCUACGAGCCCAGCUGGGGCUCGCUGGACGGCCGGCCGCUGCCCGCCUGGUUUGACGAGGCGAAGUUUGGCGUCUUCAUCCACUGGGGCGUGUUCUCGGUGCCCAGCUUCGGCAGCGAGUGGUUCUGGUGGUACUGGCAGAAGGAAAAGAGAGAGCCCUACGUGAAAUUUAUGGAGGCAAAUUACCCACCUGGGUUCAGUUAUGAAGAUUUUGGGCCACUGUUUACAGCAGAAUUCUUUGAUCCCAACCAGUGGGCAGAUAUUCUGAAGGCUUCAGGUGCAAAAUAUGUUGUCUUAACUUCAAAACAUCACGAAGGCUUUACUUUGUGGGGGUCCAAGUAUUCUUGGAACUGGAAUGCUGUUGAUGUGGGACCGAAACGAGAUCUUGUGGCUGAACUAGCAACAUCUGUUAGAAACAGGACUGACUUGCAUUUUGGGUUAUAUCAUUCCCUGUUCGAAUGGUUUAAUCCUCUCUUCCUUGAGGAUGCCACCAAUGUCUUUAAGACAAGAAAGUUUCCAACCAGUAAAUCAUUACCAGAACUCUACGAAAUUGUGACCAAGUACCAACCAGAAAUUAUUUGGUCUGAUGGCAAUGGAAAUGCGCCAGAUACUUACUGGAACAGCACUGGUUUCUUGGCUUGGUUGUAUAACGACAGUCCAGUCCGGGACACAGUUGUGACGAACGACCGCUGGGGAGUUGGCAGCAUUUGUACGCACGGCGGCUUCUACACUUGUAGCGACCGGUAUAACCCCGGCCACCUCCUGCCUCACAAGUGGGAGAACUGUAUGACUAUUGACAAGAGGUCGUGGGGUUACAGGAGGAACACACAGCUUGACGAUUACCUCACAAUUGAGGACUUGGUGAAGCAACUUGUAGAAACGGUGUCUUGUGGAGGAAAUCUCUUGAUGAAUAUCGGCCCCACUCACGAUGGUCGCAUCGCCGUUAUAUUUGAGGAGCGCCUGAGGCAGAUGGGUGCCUGGCUGGAAGUCAACGGAGGAGCCAUCUAUGGAACGAAACCGUGGAGAGCACAGAACGACACGGUCACACCAGGAGUGUGGUACACUUUCAGCCCUAAAGCAGGCAAAGUCAAUGCUAUCUUCCUUAACUGGCCAGACUCUGGGACUCUGGAACUUGGUGAGCCACAGGCUAAGCUUGGAGAAACACAGGUGGAGCUGGUUGGCUACAAGGAACUGCUGAAGUGGGUUGCACUGGGAGAAAAAGGAAUCGUUAUAGCUCUACCUCAAUUAACUCCUAAGCAAUUGCCAUGUCAGUGGGGCUGGACUUUACAGCUGACUGACGUAAGCUGAGCCCUACACUGCUGGAGCCUUGGCUAGUUCGGAAUGCUGAUGUUAGCUCAGUGUCUCAUCACUGGUUUCUAACUCGUACUUCCUUGACUGAGAAACAUCAAUGAUUUCACUUUUUUUAUGAAAGGUGGGCUGCUGUUAAACGAUGGAAUGGAAUGAACCUCACAAAAUCUAGCACUAGAUAGUUGAAUCUCUGCAUACAAUUUUUUUGAACUUGUGUAAAAACCUAUGCAUUUACCUUGACGCUGCACUUCAAGUCUGUUUCUUGCCAAGUUACGUGAAGAACAGGGGGAGAGCCACAGGCAUGAGGUUUUUAAAGCCAGGAGAAAGAACAAAGCUAGCUCAAGCUAGCAUUCAGAUGCACAUAAAUCAGUUGUAUACCUUCUUUAAUACAAGGAAUCUAACUUCCACAAAACCGUACAGUAAAACCUCAGUUUUAGAGAAAAGAAUAAACUUUUUCCAGUUGUGUGCAACAACUAGCAGCAGGUAGUUUCAGCUGCUUAGGGUAAUGUAUCUGCAAGAGCAGUCCUCUAAGGGUUGGGAAUUCAUCACAAAUGCAUGGAGGCAACACACACGUACAUCUUCAUUUCUCAGCAUGGAAGUCAUUAGUUUUACAUGUUCCUACUCCUGAGUGAUUCUAGCCCUUAUUGGGAUACAAGUAAAGCGGGAGGGUUUUUUUUGCUGUUUUGUAUAAUUUUACAUGGUUAAAACCGACUGUUGUUUACAGCCAUUGUUUUUACAGUUACCAGGGUGCCUUCUGUGGACUAUUAAACAAAACAUAUACUUCA